AUGGCGUCUCCCUCAGUGAACGGUGGAAGAGGAGGGGGAGGUGAGGAAGUGGCUCGGGAGUCAGCGAGCGGCGCUGCCAUUCGCUUUCAAGAGGUAGAUUAUUCUUCUUCAGGCUCUGAUUUAUCGGAAAAUGUAGGCCCAGGAGACAGCGACGACAACUCGCGCGCAUGUGAUGUUGGACACUCUGGCUUAGAGGAUUCUGAAACCACUGGGCAGCCUGCCAGAGGGCCACCCAAGCAAAAGCCUGCGCCCAGCCUUGUUGCGGAAGCACUACGAUGCACAGCCCCAUUUGGCUUAGUGCAGAGCCCUACUUGGUCUUUACCACCACUAACAGAAGGAAAGUUCAGCGCUGAGUACCAAAGAAGGCGCCGCCCACCACGGAUCCUGCAUUCCUUCGUAAGUGAUCGUGAGCAAAGAGCCCGCGAGUCUGCUACCCGGAUAACGAGACGCAGCCGUGAGAAGUCUCUCUCAGCACUUCAGCGCAUAUCUACUUCAGAGGCAGCAGUGCCCAAACACGUGAGCUUCCUGUACGACACGUACAUGAACAACUCGCCUUCAUCAGGUGAUCGCGAUACUAAGGGAAGUACCUGCUCCGCUAAGGCAGUAGAGAGCCUGAUGGCAGUGCACACCGAAAACGAAAACUCUGCAGCACAGAACCAGGAUUUGGAUGAAAACGGCUACGCGGACCUGACAAAAGUGAGAACAGAGCGAGACGCUGUGGCGUUCUUUGCCCGGCACGGAAGCACAACCAAAACUAAGUUUUUGUUCUGCAAUAGGGCGCCCACCGACCCACUUGAGUUCGAACCCUACAAGCUCGUCGUGGUGCCACAAAAUCAAAUCAAUCCCGAGCAUUUCACAAUAUCAGAGACUGCAGUAAUGCACGUCUGCCCGGGUAAACCGUCAGAAUGCUUUCGACAAGACGAGUGGAUGCGGCAAGCGUUCGUUCACUCCCUGCUGCGAACCCUUCCAUUUUUCAAGACCUUCGUUGCCCGCAAGGCGUUGUGCCUGUGGAGCCAUGCGUCGAGAAAGCACGUCUUCGAAGAGCGAAGAGAAAUGCUGUGCAGGACGCUAUUUAUAGCAAAACCCAUUUACUGCAAACACCUCUUGCCAAUCCACAGGGUCCUCGCUGGCGUCAGCGAAGUCAAAUUAGUUGAGCUGCAGCCUGGAUUGUACGAUAUUUCUCAAUUUACUGCACAGCAGCACACUGUGCGCUCGGACCCGAAGAUUGGAGCCAGCAAAGCGUUAGAGGUCAAACAGGCGGAAGCACGGACUUUGCUUGUUGAGCUGAUGCGAAAGCUUGAGGAGGCAACGCAACUGCCAGAAGUGGACCCGAUGCACGCCUGCUCCCCAAAUAAGGGGAAAUCCAUCUUUCAGGCAAAGCGAGAGGCAGUAGAACAAAAACGACUUAUCCGACAGGCGUACAAGAACCAGGCGCUUUUCGGGCAGUUUGUCCUCCUGAUAGAUCUCAUUUUCACCAUGCGGCUAGCCAAGGCUGUCACUAAGGCGGCAGCAACGAUGUUGGAGCGCCUUGGCACUGAGGAAACUUGUGCAAAACUCUUUUCUGUCAAUGUUUGCUUCGGUAGUACAAAAGUAGAGCUCGAUCCCGGCCGUCCAGCUUUCGUCUCCAUGCACCACGAGUGGUGGGAAGGAAUUGUUUCCACCGUCAGCGGCGUUCUGCUACUCAGCCAAUGCCGCCAAUUUGAAGACUCCGUUACACAAGGUCCUCCACUGAGUUUGGAAUCGUUGCUCGCUCAGUCGAAGCAUCUGCAGCUAAUGAAGAAGAAACCGGUGUGCUGGCACGACCGUUGUGUGCCUCGCAGGCAGAUAUAUGAGUAUGGACAGAACUGGGAUGAGACUGCAUUCGCCGAAUCAGUCAGUGGGCAUGAUGAAUUGUCCACCGAGAUGGAGCUUAUUUCAGAGUUUGAGGAAAAGCUUGACAAACUGAACCCAGUCCAUGUUGUUGGGCUGUUUUCCAUAGAGGCACGGAGCCUCAAAUCGUCGCUGCAACCCAUUACGGAGAAGGCGCUUACUUUCAUGAAACGGCUUCUGUGGAGACUCAUGAAAGAGCACGUACGAAGUACCGCCAGUCGCUUUGAAUCCAUAAACAAACGCCUCGAUGAACGGCCAACGAAGCUUGUCCCUUUUGCUUCUUUCGUGAGUAGUUGCAACGAGAUCAAGGCUCAAAUUGAAGACCUUGAUCGGGACAAGGCAGCUGCUGAGGAAAUGUUUUCUCUUUUGAAGCAAUACGGUGUUCGGCUAGCCGUUGAAGAUACAAUUCAGCUUGAAAAUAUGUUGAAGAGUGCCAAUGAGUUUGAAACGUUCAAGCUACUGGAUGCAGCGGAGCAUAUACGGAAUAAUCUACAAACGAUGAAACUCGAGCUACAGUCAAAGACAGAAGAGGUUGAGAAAGAGAUGCAUGAGCUAAACAAGCUUAUCAAAGACGAAGAGUUUGCUAAGCUAGAGGCACUAGAUGAAGCAACGAAAUCGUACGAGCAAUUGAAAGCUUACGAACAGCGCAUCACCUUCGCCUAUGGCAAGGCAGAGACCCUUAGAAGUAUGGCGGGGCUCCUCGCUCCAGAGGCUCCUGCAGUCAUAUCCAAGCAAACGGAAGAAACACUCCGCCUCAUCAAACCCAAAGUGGAAAUGUGGCACCAGAUCUGCUCUUGGCAGACCGAUACGGAAAAGUGGCUUGGCGUGCCUUUGGCUUCACUGGAUGCUGAGGAAAUUGAGGUUGGAAUAAAGAAGUAUUUAAAGGAAGCUUGUAUAGCUCUGCAAAAUUUCCCUGGAGACCCUGUCGCAGCAGAAUUCAAAAAACAAGUUGAAAGCUGGCUCUCCCGCCUGCCGCUUAUUUUGGACUUGGGGAAUCCUGCACUUAAGCGACGGCACUGGGAAACAAUCUUCGAUGAACUUAAACAACUGGACCAAAUGGACAUCUCUUCUAAACGCGACUUUAUUAACGAAAUCUCCACACUGGCCUCUGUGCAACAGUCUCUUGGCCAGACGAUGGACAAGAUUACAGAGGUCUGGGAAGCACGAGAGCUAUUGGUAAAACCAUUUGAUGAAGAUCCAAAUGCCUUCAUUCUCGGGGAUCACUUGAGCUCGAAUGUGGUUGACUGCAUCGGGGAUAAUUUGAAUGCGAGGCAUCCUAAAGAUGACGGCCAGGCUCUCUGUGACAACUGCGCUGUAGAGGAAUUGGCACAACUUCAGCGCCAAUGGAUCGGGCUACAGAGCAUUUUCGGCAAUGUGGAGGCUCUGGAACAGCUGCCUGAAGAUUCUGAGGCAUUUGAGCGGGUCGAUGGCUUCUGGAGAGCCUACCUCAGAAGAAUCCGAGGCGAGCAGUCUAAUGUCAUAGCAGUUGUGGAGGAAGAAGGCCUCUACGAACUUCUUGCGGAAAAAAAUGGGAUAUUAGCUGCGGUACAGCGUAAGCUGGAGGACUACCUUGAUCUGAAGCGGAUGGCCUUUCCCAGGUUCUAUUUCCUCUCUAGGGAGGAGCUAAUUAAGAUUGUAUCUAAGGCCAAACAGCCCAACGCUUUGCAGCACAGCUUUCAAAAGUGCUUUGAUGGAAUCCGCGCUGUUGCUGUGGCAUCAAAUGGGACAACGAUAGAAGGCCUCUAUUCUGCGGACGGGGAUAAAUUAGACCUGGACUCGCCCGUUAGCACUCUAGCUCCCGUCCAACAAUGGUUUACAGCACUUGAAACCGCCAUGGUAGCAUCCUUGAAGCGUCGCCUAAAGGUCGCAUUACAAAGCCGAGCUGGUGGAGGGCAGGAUGUGCAACACUGGGUGUAUGAGCACCCUGCACAGUGCGUAUUGACCGCAGCGAUGAUAUAUUGGUGCUCCAACACGGAACAUGCUCUGCAACUCAUGCAGUCGGAUGGAGAUUACGCCGCCUUUGAAGAUUGUUUGAAAGAAACGAACAAGGAUAUUCAGCAGCUUGCGAUGCUUAAUGCACAGACAGCGGAUUCAUCAUCUCAAACGUUAGCCCAGUCUCUCCUUGUUUUGAUGGUGCAUGCCCGAGACAUCCUAAAUUCCUUGCAUCAAUCAAAGGACAUAGGCCCUUCAUGCUUUGAAUGGAUAAAACAGCUGCGUUAUUACUGGCACUCAGAGGAUGAAGACUGUGACAUGGAACAGCUCCAGGCAAGACUUGUAAUCACUCCCCUUACUGAUAAGUGCUUCAUGACGGUUACUUCCGCCUUGCAUCUUGGGUACGGGGGAGCGCCUGCUGGGCCGGCUGGAACAGGUAGGGAGGACCCUCUCGUGCAGAUAGCGCCAAAGAAAAAACUAUUUGCACUGAUGAAGUCGCAGAACCUUCAUUACCAUCGCCGUGCCUUGCAGGGAAAGGGCCGGAGCCGUCGUUGCACGCAUAAACCUGUCCAUAUACUCUGCGACACAGGCAAGACAGAAACGGUGAAGGACUUGGCGAAGGCCCUUGGUGUACCUUGCCUUGUAUUUAAUUGCUCGAAAGAAUUGGACCAUCAUGUAAUGUCCCGCCUGUUCCGCGGCCUUGCCCAAACUGGGGCGGUAGGAAUUUGCAUUACCAACAAUCCAGGUUACGCUGGUAGGACGGAGCUUCCUGAAAACUUGCAGUCGCUCUUUAGACCGAUUUCAAUGGUCAAGCCAGACUUCACGCUGAUUGCCGAGGUUCUCUUGCUUGCCAACGGCUUCAUCACUGCCAGUGCACUGGCAACCAAGGUGGUGGAGGUUUUUUCAAUCGCAAGCGCUUUACUUAGCCACCAGACUCAUUACGACUGGGGACUAAGAGCAAUGAAAGCCGUGUUGAUUAAUGCUGGAGAGGUGAAGAAGAGGCUGCCUGCUCUGGAUGAAGCAGGUGCUAUGAUGCACGCGCUGCGAUCUAUUGUGCCAAGACUUGUAAAGGAAGACGUUCCUGCUUAUUUGGGUCUCGUCGCCGACAUGUUCCCCCAACAGACGGUGCCCAGACCAUCUGAUGAUCCGUUGAAAUUCGCGUUUGAAGAAAUUCUCCAAGAACAGCAUCUCCAGCCUUUACCUAGCUUUGUAGAAAAGGCAAUGCAGCUACAUCAGACCCAACAACUCAGGCACGGAGUCCUGGUGGUCGGAGCUCCGGGAGCAGGGAAAUCAACCCUGAUCCUUGGUCUGUCAAGGGCAUUAUCUCAAGUUAACGCGAAAAGCGAGACUCAAACGCCUGCUGAGAAUGCUCAACAUGGAAGCGCCAAAGAACAAAACGGUAAAUGCGAAGUGUUACGGAUAAAUCCCAAAGCAAUGGAGGAGACGCUCCUCUUCGGCAGGUUGGACCCCAACACCACCGAGUGGCUCGACGGAAUCGUAGCAACGCGGGUUAGGAACGCCCUUGCUUCACAAAGCAUUGCCCAUAGUUGGAUUGUUUUCGACGGGCCUUUAGAUCCAAACUGGGCAGAGAACUUAAACUCUGCUUUAGACGACAACAAGAUCCUAUGUCUCAGCAAUGGCGAGCGCAUUCUGCUGCCGAGCAACCUCAAAUUUUUCUUCGAAGUUGCUGACUUGGGAGCUGCGUCCCCCGCAACGGUUAGCAGAUGUGGAACUGUCUUUAUUGAGCCUGAGCAUCGAGGUUGGAUGCCCUUGUUCCAAUCAUGGAGACAAUCAUUUGAGGUGCAGAAAAACAAGUUGGCCUCAUUUGCUCCUCAAAUAGAGAGCUGGUGUGUCGCUACGUUCCGAAAAGCUCUCGAGUACAUACGUGAAAACUGCAAGCUAUUGACGCCAUGGAGCGACUCGUUCCUUGCAGCAUCAGUUUGCCGCCUCCUUACAGCCGUGCUAAGUAGGGAGGUUGGGCAGCCAAUUCCUGCAGAGCACGCAGCGGAACUGGCAAGCAUGUACUUCGUUGUUGCAAUGUCGUGGGGUGUUGGAGGACACCUGGGUGAUGCACACCGAGCUGGUCUCUCAAAAGCCUUGCUACCAGACCUUUGCAAGAUAUGCAAGCAGCUUAAGGGCUUGUUGCCUUCCACAACCAUAUAUGACAUAAUGCCUGAAGCCGAUACCUUGAAGUUCAAGAAUUUCGAUACAGUGAUCCCUAAAUACGCUUUGGAAGGAGGAGGCGGAUACGGAUGCUUGCUUAAUGGAAAGCCCGGUACUGGCAAGAGUGCACAUCUCCAAGAGUGCAUGAGAACUCCCGGCACCUUAGAGGUCUGCUGUAAAAUGGCGUUGGCACAUAGGACUACCACAGACGACGUCGAGGAUUUUUUGAUGUCCCGUUUUGUUAAGCGGCACCGGCGGUCGUUAGGACCGCCAUACGGCUCUCGAAUGCUGUUUUUAAUUGACGAUCUCGCAUCGCCUGUCCCUGAUACAUUUGGGGCUCAGAGGCCUCACCAAUUAUUGAGACAAAUUGUCGAGUAUGGAGGCUUUUUCGAACGUACUCGUUUCCAGUUUAUUCAUGUUGAAGACACAAGUACUGUUCUUGCCGGCGCAACGGACGUAGCAGGAACUAUAACAGACAUGCGGCUUCUUCGCCACUUUAAUGUUUUGUUCCAAGACGAGUUCUCUUCAGAAGAUACGAAGAAUAUCUUCACUCAAGUCCUGCGAGGAGCAUGGGCAAGAAGCCUGCCGGCCCUUUCUGGUUGUGCAGAAGAGAUAAUUGAAGCCACUGUAGCUGCAUAUGAACGGAUCACGUCACACUUGCUCCCGACGCCUCUCAAAUGCCACUACACUUUUACCAUACGAGAUAUUUCUAGAGCCCUGGAAGUCAUGCUUAUGGCUGACACUAGUAAACUUAAGACCAAAACUGACAUUGCCCGACUCUGGCUGCACGAAAUGCAGAGGCAAUUCGGAGAUCGGCUGGUGUCAAUAGAGGACCGAAAGUGGACGGAGCGCAUGCUAGUCAAACAAGUUUCGGCUACUCUGCAGCUAAAAAGUGAACUUGCAGACUGCGUUUGCUCUCAAAUUCUGUUCGGCGACUUUGCCCAGAUGAACUCCAGCAAAAGCUACUCGGAGAUUCUCGCUUCGGAAGAAGAAAUGAAUGAACUGCUCACUAGGCGAGACUUAGUCCUUGGCUGCCUAUCAUUGCUGGUUCACCUACCUCUAAAGUGGUGCAAAUUGGACACCCGAAUAUAG